GGACGGCGGCUCCCGGCUGGCGGCAGCGCGCCCACGGGCUGUGAAUGCGACUCGCCCCUCGGCCGCGGUCCCCGCCCGCCCGCCCGCCGGGACGUGGUAGGGGAUGCCCAGCUCCACUGCGAUGGCAGUUGGCGCGCUCUCCAGUUCCCUCCUGGUCACCUGCUGCCUGAUGGUGGCUCUGUGCAGUCCGAGCAUCCCGCUGGAGAAGCUGGCCCAGGCACCGGAGCAGCCAGGCCAGGAGAAGCGCGAGCACGCGUCUCGGGACGGCCCGGGGCGGGUGAGCGAGCUCGGGCGCCCUGCAAGGGACGAGGGCGGCAGCGGCCGGGACUGGAAGAGCAAGAGCAGCCGUGGGCUGGCCGGCCGGGAGCCGUGGAGCAAGCUGAAGCAGGCCUGGGCCGCCCAGGGCGGGGGCGCCAAGGCUGGGGACCUGCAGGUCCGGCUCCGCGGGGAUACCCCGCAGGUGGAGUCCUUGGCUGCCGCCGCCCAGGACGCUAUGGGCCCGGAACUCUCGCCCACGCCAGAGCCGCUGGAGGAGUACGCAUACCCGGACUAUCGCGGCAAGGGCUGCGUAGACGAGAGUGGUUUCGUGUACGCGAUCGGGGAGAAGUUCGCCCCCGGACCCUCGGCCUGCCCGUGCCUGUGCACCGAGGAGGGGCCCCUGUGCGCGCAGCCCGAGUGCCCGAGGCUACACCCGCGCUGUAUCCACGUCGACACGAGCCAGUGCUGCCCGCAGUGCAAGGAAAGAAAAAACUACUGCGAGUUCCGGGGCAAGACCUACCAGACUUUGGAGGAGUUCGUGGUGUCUCCGUGCGAGAGGUGCCGCUGCGAGGCCAACGGCGAGGUGCUGUGCACGGUGUCGGCGUGUCCCCAGACGGAGUGUGUGGACCCCGUGUACGAGCCCGACCAGUGCUGCCCCAUCUGCAAAAACGGACCAAACUGCUUUGCAGAAACUGCUGUCAUCCCUGCUGGCAGAGAAGUGAAGACUGAUGAAUGCACCAUAUGUCACUGUACUUACGAGGAAGGCACAUGGAGAAUUGAACGGCAGGCCAUGUGCACAAGACAUGAAUGCAGGCAAAUGUAGACAUUUCACAGUGCAAAAACUCUGACACUUUUCUAGACUAUUUUACCGAUGUGAACAUUCUAGAUGACUCUGGGAAAUAUCAAUCAGAAGGAGAAGACUUUUGAUGAGGAAUAAUGGAAAAUUGUUGGUACUUUUGCUUUUCUUGGUAACAAUUACUGCAAGAGAAUGAAAUGGAUAUAUUUCAGAACAUCAACAAGAACUUUGGGCAUAAAAUCCCCCUCUAAAUAAAUGUGCUAUUUUCACAGUAAGUACACGAAAGUACACUAUUAUAUAUUAAAUGUAUUUCUAUAUCCCUCCAUUAGAGAGCUUAUAUAAAUGUUUUCUAUAGAUACAGAUUAAAAAUGCUGUGUGGUCAACCGUC